AUGGAAAACAACGUCUUCAUGGACUUCUCGCUCGAAUUCCCGCUCGGACGCGAGUAUCUGCUGAGCAACACGGCAGUGCUACUCAAACCCCCACCCACCGCCGUCUGGGAAGAGUUCAUCGGAACACACGCGAGUGUCAGCGACCAGCCAGUACGAAACGACAGUGGGGAAGUCGAAGAUUGCCCGCUCUGCCUCGACUGCCUCGACCCCGAACACAGCCAGGGCCACUGGACGACCGAGACUGCAAUGCGAGAUGCGAACAUCGUGAAGAACGACAAGUGCCAGCAUGUGUUCCACACGGGCUGCUUCUACACGUUUGUCAGGCCACUUAGAAAUACUUGUCCAAUGUGCCAGACACCCUUUGUCAACACUCAGGACGAAGUUGAUCGAGCUUUAGCAGUAACCCAGACGCUGAGAUGCAUGGCCGCAGGCGAUUGUGAGACGACGGCAGGGUUGACCGAGCUUCCCAUCGAGAUCCAUGGAGCGGUUCUUGUAUACUCCUGCCUGUGUGGGGCUUAUCAUCUUCGCAACACAGGUAUCGGCGGCCAGACUCCCGAAGACGAGCAGCAGUACGCACCCAAUGGUGUCGCAGAUCAUGUCGAUGGUCGUCGCAGUAUCGAGUGCUUGCUGCAGGCGAUUGGAAAGCGCCACGGCAGGAUGUGUCUGAUCCAGGACUUCUCCGAGCAGCUACCGUCUCGUGCUGCCACCAUCUGGCGUGAACAGCAUCCAGACGUGGCCUAUACCCACGGCAUGUGGCGCUUUGUCAGCGAUGUCGCCAGAAUUGGCUUGAUCUGCUAUGCCAAACAUCAGGACGAGUGGCUGAGUGAUCUAUGA